UUUGGUAUAAAAUCUCAUGUGCUUCUCAUUCAGGUGAUGGUCACGGAAGCAAUGGCUGCUGCUUGGCUUGUGGUUGCGCUGGUGCAUGCCUUCUUGAUUGGUAGAGUGCAUUGUAUUCCAGCUGGUCCUACUACACGGGAUGGAUCCAAUUCUGGCUUUAAAGAUGCAACUCCUGAUGAUGAUUCAGUCAAGAAGGCAAUUGAACUUCUCCAGUCUUUGGAUUUUGUGCUGAAGCAAAACUACAAUGUGAGCGCCAAGGGCGAGCAGAAUGACUACCAGCAAGAACAGCAAAGCCAUAACAUGAGUGCCAAGGGCCAGCAGAAUGACUACCAAGAACAACAAAGCUUCAAUGUGAGCGCCAAGGGCAAGCAGAAUGACUACCAACAAGAACAGCAAAGCUAUAACGUGAGCGCCAAAGGCCAGCAGAAUGACUACCAGCAAGAACAGCAAAGCCAUAACAUGAGUGCCAAGGGCCAGCAGAAUGACUACCAACAAGAACAGCAAAGCUACAACGUGAGCGCCAAGGGCCAGCAGAAUGACGACUACCAGCAGCAAAGCUACAACGUGAGCGCCAAGGGCCGGCAGAAUGACGACGACCAACAAGAAUGGCAAAGCUAUAACGCGAGCGCCAAGGGCCGGCAGAAUGACGACUACCAACAAGAAUGGAAAAGCUAUAACGCGAGUGCCAAGGGCCAGCAGAAUGACGACCAACAAGAAUGGCAAAGCUACAACGUGAGCGCCGAGGGCCAGCAGAACGACCAACAGCAAAGCUACAACGUGAGCGCCGAGGGCCAGCAGAACGACCAACAGCAAAGCUACAACGUGAGCGCCGAGGGCCAGCAGAACGACCAACAGCAAAGCUACAACGUGAGCGCCGAGGGCCAGCAGAACGACUACCAACAAGAACAGCAAAGCUACAACGUGAGCGCCACGGGCCAGCAGAACGACUACCAACAAGAACAGCAAAGCUACAACGUGAGCGCCACGGGCCAGCAGAACGACUACCAACAGCAAAGCUACAACGUGAGCUACCUGAGGGACGGAAUGGAGGAUGAUGACGAUGAAUUUCCUUUUUUAGUGAAUGUUUAAUGUGGCAGACUUGAGCUGCAGUGUUAGGAACAUUUAAAAAUAAAACUUUAAACUUGC